AUGAAUCGCCUGAUCCAGCAACGCGGCUUUUGCAAGGGGCAAAUAACUCGUGCGCAUGCAACUGUGGCUGAAGUGGUAGAAGCGACGCAAGCGAUCAACACCAGCUCAUCCACCUGGGAGCAAAUAUGUCAGUUGCCUUUAGCAGAUCCGCCAUUUGGUCUACCUGGCGCCAUAGAUGUCAUCAUUGGCUCGGAUCAACUAUGGAACCUGUACAAUGGAGAACGCAAAUUCUUUGGUAACGACUUUCCUAUCGCUGUUUUUGGUUGGGUCAUUGCAGGCUCCUACAGUUCUGCUGACGAAGAUUCGACACCUGCUUUGGCACAUCACGCGCAAUUAGACCUUGAUGAAUUAGUUCGUUCUUUUAUGGAGAUGGACCGCGUUCUGCCACCCAAGGCUGUCAUCGACGCAAGUGAUCCCUCUGAACAGCACUUUGCAAAAACACACAGGCGCAACAAAGAUGGAGUGUACGUGGUUCAGUACCCAUUCAAGAACAACGCUCCGCCGAUUGGGGCCACUUUACCACAAGCCCUUAGCCGCCUUCAUUCGCUGGAGCGCAAGCUGCUACGAUUUCCGGAAUUAAGGCAGCAAUAUUUUGACUUUAUGGAUGAUUACUUAAGUCGUGGGCAUAUGGAAGUGCUCACAUCGGAGCAGAUAGUUGAGGACCCAGCUACCUGCGUAUAUUUGGCUCAUCACGCCGUACUUAAGCCAGAUAGCUCUACGACGAAAUGCCGAGUGGUAUUUGAUGGCUCGGGCAAAGACGCCACAGGUUUCUCACUUAACGAUCGCUUACAAGUCGGGCCACCAAUUCAACGGGACUUAAUUGGAGUUUGCCUGCGCUUUCGUCAGCACCGUUAUGUAUUUUGCGCCCACAUUGAGAAGAUGUUCCGCGGCAAUCAGGUUGCUCCCGAACACACCAACUAUCAGCGCAUCAUAUGGCGCAAAAAUGAAGAUUCCCCUAUUUCUCAUUAUCGACUGCUUACUGUGACGUACGGGCUAGCUCCAUCGCCAUUUUUGGCAGUGAGGGUUUUGAAGCAACUUGCAGAUGACUACCGAAGCAGAUAUCCCUUGGCAGCGCGAGCUCUAUGCUCCGACGCAUAUGUAGAUGACAUUCCAACCGGAUGUGACUCUGUCGAGGAGCUUAUCGCACUCAAGGAUGAGCUUAUCCAGCUCCUAGCAGAAGCAAAGUUCCAGUUACGCAAAUGGAGUUCCAAUUGUUGGCCUUUGCUAGAAACUCUGAGUGCAGACCUCUGUGAGUACAAAUCCGUGGCAAUAUCGGAUAGGUCAGAGGCAGCCGCGCCUUCAGUGAAGAUUUUGGGGUUACACUGGAAUCCUUGCGACGACGUAUUGUUUACCAAAUUUACCGGAAAGGAUAUUGCUGGUAAGCCAACAAAAAGAGCGAUGUUGUCUGAACUAUCAAGGAUCUAUGACCCACUUGGUGNAUUGGCAUGGUAA